GAUUCCACGGAGGAGCGGACACCGAGCGAGGGCGAGCCACCGUCGGAUAGCCUUGGGAGUACGGGCUACAGCUGGCUUUGUUUUUCUACUUUUUACGCGGAGAAAAACCUCAGCAGACUUGACGGCGGAUGGUAGUGUUUGCCUUUAGGACCAGCACACGUCUCCUCUCCCUCCCCGGCUUCGCGUUUAGCUGGAGAGACCCAUUCUAUUGCGUGGCAGAAGUCUGGUUUUGUUUUCGGCACAGCACGGAGCAGCCCGGCCUGGUUCGGAUCACUUACUACGCACCGCCUCUAUAACGACUGGGCACUUUGGAUUUAAAGCGUGUAACCUGGUGCUUUUAUCAUUCAUUUUUGAGGUUCCCAGCCACCACCCCUGUGUAGCUGGCUUUCCUCGCCCCCACCUCCCCCUUUUCCCCAACACUGGCUCGCGUGUAUGGGGCUCCUCACUGGCUAUUAACCUUUUAGGAAGUUGUCCUCAAAAAAUAAAAAAGGACAGGACAUAGUGCUGUUAUUUGGAAUUACGAGAUGGAGACGGACGACGCAGAUUAUCACUAUUUGUCCAGAAAAACGGGCUCGUGUGGCAUAGCAGCCCGAGCAUGCAGCGAUUGGCAAAAAUAGCAGACUGUUUUUGUUUUUUUAUAUCUCUUAUUUUUCUCAUUUUUUGCCACAGUUAGUUCGUAGAUUAAUUUAUAUAGCCUGUUUUAGUUGGAAUUGUCUCACGCGAUUUCGGAGGCUACCAGCGGAGAGUAACAUUUUUUAACGCAUUGGAUCUUUAUUUUUUAAUCUCAAAUCGAUACCUGGAUUUAUACAUUUUUUAUAAUUCUAUACAUUUUACGUGGGAGUUACGCAAAGGAACAUGAAAGCUGGCGCACCGGUGUACACCCAGACGGUGUUUUGGGGCUUCCUCCUCUCCAUCUCCAGCUUGUGCGUUUUGACAUCAUAUGGCGAGAUUUGCGCUCCGAGCAUUGACAUCCGGAAUGACAUCACGGAGCUGCAGCGCCUGGAGAACUGCACUGUGGUGGAGGGAUACCUGCAGAUCCUCCUCAUCUCCAACACCAACCAGGAGGAGCUACGGUCCCUCAGCUUCCCCAAACUCACCAUGAUCACAGACUACCUCCUCUUGUUCCGCGUGUCCGGACUGACCACCCUGAGCAGCCUGUUCCCCAACCUCACCGUCAUCCGCGGGCGCAACCUCUUCUACAACUAUGCCCUGGUGAUCUACGAGAUGACCAGCCUGAAGGACAUCGGCCUGUACAACCUAAGGAACAUCACACGAGGAGCCAUCCGCGUGGAGAAGAACAAUGAGUUGUGCUACGUGGACUCGCUGGACUGGUCUCAGAUCAUGGAGGAGGAGAGCAACAACAUUAUCAACGGGAACAAGGACCCUGAAGAGUGUGACAACAUGUGCCUGGCCGUCAUGGAGGACAGCCCCAUCUGCAAGAGGACCGGUCUGGACAACUUCAACUAUCGCUGCUGGACUUCCAACCACUGUCAGAAAGUGUGCCCGGAGCAGUGUAAACACGCCUGCACAGACGGGCGAGUGCUGUCACAGCGGGGCGAGUGCUGUCACAGCCAGUGCCUGGGCAGCUGCUGGGAGCCCCACAAUGACAGGGCCUGCUCUGCCUGCUUGCACUACCAGUACGAGGGCCGCUGUGUGCCUCAGUGCCCCCCAGACACCUACAUGUUUGAAGGCUGGAGGUGCAUGACGCUGGAGCAGUGUACCCACGCCCACCUGCCUGGGGACGCCCACUUUGUCAUCCAUGAUGGGGAGUGCAUGCUUGACUGCCCAUCAGGCUUCACGCGCAACGAUUCUGACCGGACGCUGUGCAGUGCGUGUAACGGCCCAUGCGAUAAGCAUUGUCCAUCAGCGGUUAUCGACUCUGUGGACACUGCCCAGUCCCUCAAAGACUGCACAAUUAUUGAAGGCAACCUGGACAUCAACAUUCGCCAUGGAAACAACAUUGCGUUGGAGCUGGAGAGCUUCAUGGGCCUGAUCCAGACGGUGACAGGCUACGUGAGGAUCCGACACUCCCACACUCUGGACUCUCUCUCCUUCCUCAAGAGCCUGCGCUACAUCAACGGACACCAACUCAUGGACAACAUGUAUGCAUUUUCAGCUAUUAACAACAUGAACCUGCAGUACCUGUGGAACUGGACACAGCACAACCUGACCAUCCAGUCGGGGCGCCUCUUCUUCCGCAUGAACCCCAAACUGUGUAUGUCCGAGAUCCACAAGAUGGUGGAGCGCACAGGCAUCACGGUCAAGCAAGAGGAGAGCGACUUCCACAACAACGGACAGAGAGCCAGCUGUGAAAGCCACAUUCUGAAGUUCAAGGCCAACCACACCACAAGCUACACCAUCUGGCUGAGCUGGGAGCACUAUCGACCUCACAACUACUCAGACCACGUCAACUUCGUCGUCUACUACAAAGAAGCUCCUUUCCAGAAUAUCACAGAGUUUGAUGGGCUGGACGGAUGUGGCUCUAACAGCUGGAACAUGGUGGAUGUGGAUCUCCCUGGUGACCAGAGCGAUGACCCUAAAGUGACUCUGCAGCAGCUCAAGCCCUGGACCCAAUACGCCAUCUUUGUGAAGGGCAUCACUCUGCAGGCAGACCGCCUCCCAGGGGCCAAGAGCCACAUCGUCUACAUCCGCACACGCCCCUCCAUGCCGUCGAUGCCUAAAGAAACCCAUGCCUACGCUAACUCCUCCACCCGUCUCCUGGUGAAGUGGCUGCCCCCGGCCUUCCCCAACGGGAACCUGAGCUACUACCUGGUGCGCUGGCAGCAACAGCAUGAAGACCGCGAACUCUACCUACACAACUACUGCUCCAAAGAACUAAAGACCCCCAUCCGCGUCCCGGCAAACGGCCUGACCGAACAGGAGGAGAACACCAAACCCACCAAGUCAGACGCAGCAGAGGGUGAGAAGGGCCCGUGCUGUGGCUGCCCGAAAACCCAGGAGGAGAAGGACCGCGAGAAGGCCAACCGCUUCUUCCUCAAGAUGUUUGAGAACUUCCUCCAUAAUGCCAUCUUCUAUCAAAGACCUCCAGACCGUCGCCGUAGAGAUGUCUUCGGUGUGGCUAACAGCACACAGGCUAACGUGUCUUUGGGUGUGGGGGACAACAGCACAGAGGGCCUACCACCUGUCAGAGAGUACCUGUUCUCAGAGGACAAAAGUACCUCAGAGUACCUGGACAUCUUUCACUUGCGCCCCUUCACCCUGUACAGGAUAGAUGUGCACGCCUGCAACGAGGAGGUGAGCCGCUGUAGCGCCUCCGACUUUGUGUUCGCCAGGACCAAACCAGCAGAGAAGGCAGAUGACAUCCCCGGGCGCGUGCAGGUGCAGAUGGAUGAUAAGGCGGAGGGCAGUGUGCUGCUGCACUGGCCUGAACCCGUCUCACCCAACGGACUGGUGCUGGUGUAUGACAUCAAGUACAGACUGGGCCCUGAGCCUGAGAAGCAUGAGUGUGUGUCACAACAGCACUACCGCAUCCACAGGGGGGCACGCCUCUCCCUGCUGGGCCCGGGAAACUAUUCUGUCCGAGUCCGAGCCACAUCUCUGGCUGGGAACGGGUCAUGGACAGAGAGUGUGUCCUUCUAUGUGCCCCCUCCCAAACGGGACAUCCAGAAGCUGUACCUGGUAAUCAUCCUGCCCAUCAUAGUGACUCUGAUCAUCGCAGCCAUCAUCACCGGGGUCUUCUACAUGAGCAAGAAGAGGAACAACGAUCGCCUUGGCAACGGAGUCCUGUACACCUCUGUGAACCCAGAGUACUUCAGUGCAGCCGAGAUGUAUGUGCCGGACGAGUGGGAGGUGGCACGGGAGAAGAUCAGCAUGCACCGUGAGUUGGGCCAGGGCUCCUUCGGUAUGGUGUACGAGGGCACGGCCAAGGGGGUGGUCAAGGACGAGCCAGAGACCAGGGUGGCCAUCAAAACGGUGAAUGAGACAGCCAGCAUGAGGGAGAGGAUCGAGUUUUUGAAUGAAGCUUCGGUCAUGAAGGAGUUCAACUGUCAUCACGUGGUGCGGCUGCUGGGUGUGGUGUCACAGGGACAGCCCACUCUGGUCAUCAUGGAGCUGAUGACCCGAGGAGACCUCAAGAGCCACCUGCGCUCUCUACGAAAACCAAACUCCACCACACAGGUGCUGCCUCCUCUAAAGAAGAUGAUUCAGAUGGCGGGAGAAAUCGCAGAUGGCAUGGCUUAUCUGAAUGCCAAUAAGUUUGUGCACCGUGACCUGGCAGCACGCAACUGCAUGGUGGCAGAGGACUUCACGGUCAAGAUAGGAGAUUUUGGCAUGACAAGAGACAUUUACGAGACAGACUACUACAGAAAGGGUGGAAAGGGUCUGCUGCCUGUGCGCUGGAUGUCCCCUGAGUCUCUGAAGGACGGAGUCUUCACCACCAUGUCCGACGUGUGGUCCUUUGGCGUGGUGUUAUGGGAGAUUGCAACGUUAGCGGAGCAGCCGUACCAGGGCAUGUCCAAUGAGCAGGUCCUGCGCUUCGUCAUGGAGGGCGGCCUGCUGGACAAGCCCGACAACUGCCCCGACAUGCUAUUCGAGCUGAUGCGCAUGUGCUGGCAGUACAACCCCAAAAUGCGCCCGUCCUUCCUGGAGAUCAUCAGCAGCAUCAAGGAGGAGAUGGAGCCCCCUUUCAGGGACGUGAGCUUCUUCUACAGCGAGGAUAACAAGCCCCCCGACACCGAGGAGCUGGAGCACAUGGACGUGGAGACCAUGGAGAACAUCCCCCUGGACCCCUCCUCCACCCACCAGCACCCACCCACACCCUGCUCCACUCCCUCCACGGGACAGCAGAGCCCCAGCACCCCACUGUUAGGAGCCGGGACCCCCCCAACGCCCUCCUCCGCCACCCCCCAGAGCCCAGCCGCGUCCCCGGACAAACAGUCGGGACAGCUCUCCGCCAAUGGGCCGGUGGUGGUACUGCGGCCGAACUUUGAUGAGCUGCAGCCAUAUGCGCACAUGAACGGAGGCCGCAAGAACGAACGCACGCUGCCCCUGCCCCAGUCCUCCGCAUGCUGA